AAAGCAGACGUUGCUAUGAUCUGCCGCCAUCGCUGAGAUGUUCCUCUACGAAGACCCGGGCCGGAACAGGAACAAGACCAUGGACGCCUUGAUGUCUGGCGGAAACGCCAUGGCGCACUCGGCCGCCCUGGGCGCGCACACGUCGCCUUUGAUGCACACCGCCGGCUACUCGGCCGCCGACGUGUCCGCGGGCACGAGCGACUCGUUCACGUCGUCGGGGCCGCCGCAGGGCGCACUCCCGUACUCCUACUUGGCGGGCGGAUACUACCCGUGCAGAGUGAAGGCCGCGCCGUACGUGGACAACUGUGAGGAGUACCCCAGCCCCCGGCCCAAAGACUUCUUCUACCAUCCGGGACCCUACCAGCCCGUGGCCAGCUACCUGGACGUGUCCGUGGUCCAGACGCUCGGGGCCGCCGAGCCGCGCCAUGACGGCCUGCUUCCGGUGGACCCGUACCAGCCUUGGACGCUGGCAGGCGGCUGGGGGGGGCAGGUGUGCUGCAAGGACCAAGCACCGCACCUCUGGAAGUCCGCCUUGGUCGGUGUGUUUAGUCAUUUGGUUUUAAAAAAGAAGUUGGAGUAUUUGUGCCCGCAUCAAACAUGGCAGCCAAUCACAGCAUGGUCCACUGUUCCCGCCAUGCAGACCACGCCUCCCGCGGAGGCCGCAAGAAGCGCGUGCCUUACUCCAAAGUGCAGCUGCGCGAGCUGGAGGCGGGGUACUGCGCCUGCAGCUUCGUCAGCAAAGACGCCAGGAAGAAGAUGUCCGCCGCCACCAAGCUGACUGAGCGCCAGAUCACCAUCUGGUUCCAGAACAGGAGGGUCAAGGACAAGAAGGUCAAAAACACCUCAUCCUAGUUGCCAUGGCAACCAUCUUCAUGUCCGUCAUCUCACCGCUAAUCAUCAAUAUUCUUUCAUCGUUAGCAUUAGCAUUAGCAUUCAGCCUUUUCUUAGCACGUUUUAGGCUAAAAGUUGAUACUUUCCUAUAUUCAGUGGCUGAAUACGUAUAUUACCAUCAUAUUAAAUACAUAUAUUAACAUCAUAUUAAAGGUUUUAAAAUGACAUUUAUUCAUGACAUAAAUAAGAAUAAUCAGACAGCUUUCAUGAAUGGCCGCCAUUUUGGGUCACAUGACUGUCACGUGACACCAGCAGUAGAACGCAUUGAAAUAGUUUUUAGGGCCUUUUAUGGAAAAUAAAACAAACCCGAUUAAAAAACAACAACAUUGAAAUGAAUAAUAAAGUAAAUUAUAAGAACACAUAAUUGAAAUACAUAAUAAAGCAACCUAAAGUCCAAAUUAAAAAAACACAAGAUUGAUAUAAAUAAUAAAGUAAAUUAAAAAAAACACAACAUUGAAUUAAAUAAUAAGGUAAGUAAAAAACAACAACAUUGAAAUAGAUAAUAAAGCAAACUGAAGUUUCAGUUAAAACAACAUUGAAAUAAAUCAUAAAGUAAAUAAAAAACACAACAUUGAAAUGAAUCACAAAUACAAAAACACAACAUUGAACUAAAUGAUGAAGUAAAUUAAUAAACAACAACAUUGAAAUAAAUGAAAAAGUAAAAAACAAAAACAUUGAAAUAAAUAAAGUAAAUUAAAAAACAACAACAUUGAAAUAAAUAAAGUAAAUAAAAAAACACAACACUGAAAUAAAUAAAAAACAACAUUGAAAUAAAUAAAGUAAAUAAAAAAACAAUAACAUUGAAAUAAAUAAAGUAAAUGAAAACAACACAACAUUGAAAUAAAUAAAAAAGUAAAUUAAAAAUGCACAACAUUGAAAUGAAUAAUAAAGAAAACUAAAGUCCAAAUUAAAAAACACAACAUUGAAAUAAAUAAUAAAGUAAAUUAAAAAUACACAAGAUUUAAAUAAAUAAAGUAAAUUAAAACAACACAUCAUUGAAAUAAAUAAUAAAACAAACUAAAGUCCAAAUAAAAAAAAACACAACAUUGAAAUCAAUUUAUUAAUUUUAUUUAUUUCAUGAAAUAAAUAUGAUAGAAACAGUUAAAUUGUGGUAUUUGACAACCUAUUAAAGUUAGAGUUGUUACAUGGAUUGAAUGGUAAUAUAAAACAGUCAUACUCGCGGAGAUAAAGGGCCGCCAUUUUGGGUCACAUGACUGUCACGUGACAACAGAAGUAGAACGCGUUUAAAAGUGGUUUUUUUAUGGUCUUUUAUGGAAAAUAAAGCAAACUAAAGUCCCAAAUAAAAAAGCAAAACAUUUAAAUAAAUAAUAAAGUAACCUAAAGUCAAAAUUAAAAAACACAACAUUGAAUUAAAUAGUAAAGUAAGUAAAAAACAACAACGCAAACUAAAGUUACAGUUACAACAACAACAUUGAAAUAAAUCAUAAAGUAAAUUAAAAAACACAACAUUGAAAUAAAUAAUAAAGUAAAUUAAAAAACAACAUUGAAAUAAAUAAUAAAGUAAAUUAAAAAACAACAUUGAAAUAAAUAAUAAAGUAAAUAAAAAAACAACAACAUUGAAAUAAAUAAUAAAGUAAAUAAUAAAACACAACAUUGAAAUAAAUAAUGAAGUAAAUUAAAAAAACAACAACAUUGAAAUGAAUAAUUAAAGUAAGUAAAAAACAACAACAUUGAAAUUAAUAAUUAAAGUAAGUAAAAAAACAACAACAUUGAAAUAAACAACAAAGAAAACUAAAGUCCCAGUUAAAAAACAUUAUACGUUUUUAUAAGGUUUAAAAAACACAACAUUGAAAUCAAGUUAUUAUUACUUUCAUGAAAUAAAUAUGAUACAAACAGUUAAAUUGUGAUAUUUGACAACCUAUUAAAGUUAGAGUUGUUUUAUGGAUUUAAUUGUAAUAUAAACAAUAAUUCUGGCGGACAUGAAGGACCGCCAUUUUGGGUCACAUGACCUUUAUGGAAAAUAAAGCAAAACUAAAAUCCCUAUUAAAACAACACAACAUUGAAAUAAAUAAUAAAGCAAACUAAAGUCCAAAUUUAAAACAACACAACAUUGAAAUAAACAAUAAAGCAAAGAAAUGUCCCAAUUAAAAAACACAAGAAGUUAUUUAAAAGGUUAAAAACACAAGAUUGAAAUCAAGUUAUUAAUAUUAUUUCUUUAAUUGAAUUAAUAUGAUACAAACAGUUAAAUUGUAAUAUUUGACAACCUAUUUGAGUUAGAGUUGUUACAUAAAUAAUCAUACUAGUGUGCAUGAAGGGCCGCCAUUUUGGGUCACAUGACAGUCACGUGACUACACUUCUAUACAGUAGAACUCGUGUGAACACUUUGAAAGUCAUUAUAAGUUUGUUUUUUUAUGUGAUGAAAAUAAAGCGCCUAUAGUCCAAAUAAGGGAAAAGACAGUGAUCAAUAAAUGUUUGUCUAUAGACUUUAUUCCAAUGUUUGUUCUUUGUUCACAACAUAAACUCUCAAGUUGUCUGCGUUUACAUCAUCAAUGUGAUCUGGACCACACCUUCACGUGAUGACGUCAUCAGCAGUGACGACGUCAUGUCAAUCAAAGUUUUCUUCAUGACAUAUAAAGCAUGUACUACAUGUACUAUUAAAUGUACGACAUGCAGGCCCGGCCUUAACCAAUCUGGCGCCCUAGGCAAGAUUUUAGGUGGCGCCCCCCCACAUCGGCAGUGAAGUGUAUAUACUCACAAGAAACCGAAUAGCUUUGUCUUUGACCUUUU